UUGUUUCAUUCUCCAUUAUGAACUCGACACGACUCACAGUUCUAUUACAUAACAACAUAUUUUAGAACAAAUAUGUUUAAAUACAUAAAUUCUCUGUUCCUGUUGGCCUUGGCCUUCAUCGCCUGGAGUGUUUGCUGUUAUUUUCAUGAAAUUGAGGAACAGCUGGGCACCAAGGGAUUCGAUGUGGAGCUGUACUCAGAACACCCUGGCUUGAAAUAUAAUCAAUUGCCUUGCAAAAACAUCCCGAAAGCUGUUCCACAAACUUUUCCUACCGUUGAAAUAAUAUGCAGCUCUUUCAUUGUCUUAUGCCUGACAUAUACCUGGGUCAAGCUUUUGACGUUCUUGGUCGAGCGGACAGGUCAGUUUUGGCAGGCCAUGAAGCCGGAGAAGGAGGACAGGCAGGUGAAAGAGCAACUGAUGGAGCGACUUAACAGCUUGAAGGCCGAAUUUCAGGUGAUGAGUGAACUGCUGAAGCAGUACCAGCCCAGUGUUGAUUUGGAGCUACAGACCAUGAGCGGACUGGAGCUUCAGUCCCACAGUGGCUGUAGCUCUUUAGAGUUACAGAAAUGUGACAGUGGCUGCUCGGAGGUCCACCUACUGCCCAGUAGCAGUUCAUGCAGUAAUCACUGCAGCAAUGACGUCCCCAUCAACGAACUGUGGAAUCAAAAGAAUGACGUCUGCUCGAUACGUGGUACCCCCAGAUUUCCGGACGUACCGGCGGUGGACCAGGCCACGCAGUCUACUUACAUCAAUAGCAGCCAGAUCCACAUCGGUCCAAACAUGUUCGAUACCAAACCCCUCAACUUGGAGCUAGUACGCCAGACAAGGCUGUACGCGAGGAAACCGAGUGUAUUCCUCCAGGUGUCUGAUAAUUUCAUUGCCGGACCCAGGGACAGGCCCCGGAUAGGAGGCAGCAGUUGCACAAUUGCCCUGCCACCGCCAAAUAUGUGAGAAUGUGAGAGCAUUUGAAAAAGCGGACUAAAUUUAAAAAUAAAAGAAAAGGUUGGACUUAUUUAAAGGUGACGCCCUCAAUGCAGCGGCUUUUUUCCCUACCUCAUAUCUUCCUUUCACGCGUUCACAAACGAUUUUGGUUGGGUCAAAUAAGAUGGCAGUAAUGAAUCAAGAUCCAUUGAACUACAAUAUCCGCAUAAAUCGAUAGUACUGUGUUGCUUUGCAGCCCUGGGAUAUUUUUUGGUAUAUUUUAAAAUAAUCAAUAACAGCAUCGAUAUUAAUUUUAUAAUCAAUAACAGCAUCGAUAUAAAUUUUAUAAUCAUUAACAGCA